UUGCAGUGAAAAUUAAAUGAAUGGCCAUGUGGUUCAGGCCACAGCUGCCAUGAGUAGGGCACUUCCCCCCCACCCCGUAGGUAGGAAAAACAAGCUUAAAGACAGAGCGUGUCUCGUAAAGAUGAUGUCAUCAGUGACUGAAGGGCCUCCUUUUUCAUUUGCAGAAAUGAGAAGGGGUGGGUGUGUUCUCUUCUGGGCUGUAAAGACAGCUGAUGGCAUGUAGAUACUGGACUGCUUGGUUAGAAGGAAGGAGUUACAGGUUAUGCUGAGUGAGGUAAAAUGCUGAUUUAGAGCGAAUGUUGUGCAACGAUCAUUGCAACAGGAGGAAUAUCUAAACAGGAACUACAAACUUUCUGUAACAUGAAGACUGUGAAAGUGUGAGAGACAAGAAAGGCUUGAAACAAAUGGAUUGGUUAGCUAUUUCAGAGGGUCGGCUUUAAAGGUCCAGCACCAGGAAGAGAGCGAAAGCAAAUUGGAUAGAAGAGCAGGCACAAAACAGGCUGACUUCACUCUGCACUAUUCAUCUCACUGAGGACUCAGUGAUUCAGCACCAUGGGAAAAUCCGCCUCCAAACAAUUUGCUGAGGAGGUGCUGAAAUUCCACAACGAGUACAGGAAGAAGCACCAGGCUCCUCCACUAAAGCUGAGCAGCAAACUGAGCAGAGACGCUGCUCGGUAUGCUGAAAGUCUGGCUAGCACAAGAAUCCUGAAGCAUAGUGUGGAGUCCAGCAGGGGCAGCUGUGGAGAAAACCUGGCCUGGGCUUCUUAUGACCAAACGGGGAAGGAUGUGGCAGAUCGCUGGUAUGAGGAAGUCAAGCAGUACAACUUCAGCCACCCUGGAUUCUCCUCUGGCACUGGUCAUUUCACUGCAAUGGUGUGGAAGAGCAGCAAGAAGCUGGGUGUGGGAAAGGCCACAGCGUCAGAUGGCUCUUCCUUUGUCGUGGCCAGAUAUUUCCCAGCAGGGAAUGUAACAAACCAAGGGCACUUUGAGAAUAAUGUCCUCCCAUCUAAAACUGGCUUCUGAAGAAAUAUUGAUCUCCCUGGACUUUACUCGAGGCCCAAAAACAUUUGCUUAGCUUUAAAGGGGAAAAGCUGUCUCCCUUGCGGAGCUCUGGAGAAUACAACGGCACAUACAACGUGCUGGCUAAAAACCCAAACUGCGAUAUUGUAGAAUUUUUAAAGAUAAAACACACUCAGUCCUCUGCACCUAUAAAGACCUUUACAGGGCAGAGUGUUCAAAUUUCCUAACAUUUUGUAACUGUAGAUUUUUGCUGUCUAAGCACCAUUUUCUUCUAAAUUGUACACUAACGUAUCGUUUCAUGUAUUUUUCUCCUUUUUGUAAAAAUGAGUUGAUAUAGAGAAAUGGUCACUGACAGGCUGACAUAUUACCUGGAUUUGAAGCUGAUGACUGUACAUGUUAGGAAUGUUCUUUUUUAUUGCCCCUUCUUGUUAAAGAAGACAGGGCUUGUGUUGUUUUUCAUGUUCUAACUUGUUUUUUACAAUAAAGCUGAAAGAUUGUCAUAACAAAA